GCACCGCUUGCUGCCGCCUUGCAAUCAUCUUCCUCCUUCUAUUCCUUCGCCGCCACCUCCAUUAAUGCACAAAGCCAAAUGAAAUCCAUGAACCACACCAUCCAAUUUUAAAACCUCACGAGAGCUUUUUACCUCCAUUUAAACCACUGCCCUUUCCUCUUCGUUAUCGCAACAACUACCGACCACACUUUUCCCACUCCAAUUCCUAUAAAUUAAACCCUGAGCAUUUGCCCACCGUAUAGCAAGUGUUCCCCCAUGAAAACCAUGUUAGCACAAUUCAUUCUCGCCCUUAACUUGCUCCAGGCAAUUACAAGUCGAGCAUGGUUCCUCUCCGGCCAGGCCCAACCUCAAGUCCCAUGCCUCUUCAUCUUUGGCGACUCGCUCGUCGACAACGGCAACAACAACAACAUCCUCACGCUCGCCAGGGCCAAUUACCGCCCUUACGGCAUCGACUUCACCGAAGGCUCCUCCGGCCGCUUCACCAACGGCCGCACCACCGUCGACGUUCUAGCUCAACUACUUGGCUUCCGGAGCUUCAUUCCGCCCUAUGCGGCGGCGCAAAGAUCUGACAUUUCAAAAGGCUUGAACUUCGCUUCCGGCGCUGCUGGCAUCAGAGAUGAAACUGGCAACAAUCUGGGCGACCACUACCCUUUGGCUCAACAAGUGAACCACUUCCGCGAUACGGCGACGAUGAUGACGAGAAUGUUCAGAGGCAACACCACUCGGGCGACAGAGUACCUCGGCAAGUGCAUCUACUACAUGGGCUUGGGAAGCAACGACUACCUCAACAACUAUUUCAUGCCCACCAUGUACUCCACUAGCCGAGAGUACAGCCCCAGUACUUACUCUGCUCUCCUCCUUCAAGACUACUCAAGACAACUCUCAGAAAUGUACGAUUUGGGAGCAAGGAAGAUGGUGAUCGUGGGAGUGGGGCAGAUAGGGUGCAUACCGUAUGAACUCGCUCGAAAUAACAAUAAUCGUAGCAACAAGAAAGAUCCAUGCAACGAGGAGAUCAACAAGGCGGUAUCGAUCUUUAACACGGGCCUUCUCAGAAUGGUUAAUCGCUUCAACGCCCAGCUGCCGAACGCCAAAUUCAUUUAUCUCAACACUUUCGAGAGCUCCAAGGACGUUGCCUCGAAUGCAACGGCUUAUGGGUUCAAUGUGGUGGACAAGGGCUGUUGUGGAGUGGGAAGGAACAACGGGCAGAUAACUUGCUUGCCGUUUCAGACGCCGUGCGAGGACCGAUCGAGGUAUUUGUUCUGGGACGCGUUCCAUCCGACGGAGGUGGCAAAUGUUAUCUACGCCAGGAAAGCGUACGAUUCCUCUUCUACGUCGGAAGUGUACCCCAUGAACAUAAGGAGGCUUGCAAUGGCUUGAGGAAUCAGGGGAGAAUUGCACGCGUUGCUGGUUAAUUUUGGGAGUUUGAAUGGCAGAAAUAAAUAAAGCUAGUUAUGUAAUUCUAGAUCGAAUCUCAUGUCUUAGUAAUGUUUACCUUCAAAGCCUUUCUACUGGACAAUCUCUGGGGCGGGCUGAGAUAUGAGGAAGGUCGAGUUGCCAAGUGUCGACCUAGGUCAGUUGUGCCCGAGCUAUCCCAUGCUAGAGCCGAUAGAGUAGCUGCUGUUCCCGGAGGCCCGGACUAUCGA